AUGCGCGUCAAGGAAAUGCACCCGUUGUGCUGCAUCUCAUUGGAGAGUCCCGGGAUCGGAAGUGAUUCUCCGGACACAGACGCGGCGGCACUUUCGAGGACGAGGAGUUUACCGGCGUGUGGAUCUGACCGCAUUUGUCGCCGUGGAUCGGAGGCGACGGUUGCCGGAGUUUUAUAUAAGUGGACUAAUUACGGUAAGGGAUGGAGAUCCCGGUGGUUUCUCCUCCGUAAUGGCGUGCUUUCUUACGCUAAGAUCCGGUCGCCGGAGAAUCUCAAUCUGUUCUCUCCAAUCGACGAUGUUCGCUUAAUUGGAGAUGUCACCGCUAAUCGUCUCGCGAGAAUGGAUAGAGACGCCGGAAACGCCGUUCGCCGGAAGAAUCAUAAACCUUCUUCGUCUUCGUCUUCUCCUCCUACAGUGGUUCAUUUGAAGAUCUCGUCGUUUAGAGAGAGCAAAUCAGACGACAGAAAGUUUUACAUCUUUACAGCAACAAAGACACUCCAUCUGAGAACUGAUUCGAGGAAAGACCGCGUGGCAUGGAUACAAGCUUUGGUGUCAACUCGCAGUUUGUACCCAUUAAGCGGUCAUCAUCAUCUAUUUCUUGCACCUUAUCAUAUAUCUGUAUCUACCGAAAGGCUUAAGAAACGCUUGGUUGAAGAGGGUAGCGGUGAGAAUCUUGUCAAGGAGUGUGAGCAAAUUAUGCUUGCAGAGUUUUCAGAAUUACAAGAGCAGCUUAAAAUUCUUUGUCAAGAACGAUCAAGUUUGUUUGAUACGAUUAGGCAGUUGGAGGCAGCUAACAUUGAACCUGAGGGAUCUGCCUUGCAUGACAGUGAAUACCAACUAACAAAGAAUGGAUUUUCAAAUCUAGGGCGUGGAAAAUAUAGUGAAUGCAGUACAACGGAAUCAUCUGAUGAUAUCGAGAAACAAGAGGUGUGGGUCAAAUACGCUGGAUCAAGUGAACAUGUCCGGGGAAGCUAA